CGUUUACUGCUUAUGUUUUUGCGAUCGCCGAUAAACCAUAAAAUAAAUAAAUAAUCUAUGAACAGAUUAAAGCGCUUGGUGAAGUUUAUUACAUCCGGGCAAUUGCAGUCGUGGUUUCUUCAUCCAAGAUGGCUGCGCAAGGCAAGAAGAAGAAGGUUAAGGGAAAGACAUUGAAUCUCAAUGACUUCCUGUCUGAUGGGACCAGCAAUGCGCCGGGUACCAGCUAUGUCAUGGCCAAUAAGUCAUGGGCGGAGCAGACAGACGAGGCAGAAGACACAGUCAUGCCAUUUAUGGAUACUAAACCACUGCCCAACCGAGCUGCCUUACCGACAGCCCCUCGCAGUGCCCAACCGUCUGAGAUUGACCGCUCCAAACUGCCUGAUAAGCCACCCUACACUGUCUAUCUGGGCAAUAUUCCCUUCGAUGCCGACGAAAUGGACAUCACCAACUUCCUGGUCAAUUGCAAUGUGAGUCAGGUGCGUUUACCCAAGGAAGGUGACAGGCUGAAAGGUUUUGGAUAUGCUGAGGUGGACGACAUGGAAUCGCUCAUGACUGCUUUGGCACUCAAUGACCAGACGAUACGAACAAGACGUAUUCGAGUGGAUCUUGCCGGCCAGAAUCAUCAAGAUGGAAAAGACGAUCGUACAAACAGUGACUGGAGAGCAAGAAGCAGCGAUGGUGGGUCAUCCUUUGGACGAGGAGAGGAUCGGCGAGGCAAUAGAUACUCAGACCGUUACCAGGACAGGUCAAGUUAUGAUAGAUAUGGUGAUGCCGACAGAGGCUACGGCUUUGACAGAAGGACAAACGAUGGGUCCUAUGGUGGAAGAAGAAACGAUGAUUUUGGUAGCAGCGGCGGUAGCAGUGAAGAUAAUUGGAGACGUGCACCUGCUGAACCUUCCAGCAGUGCAUUUGAGAAUCGCAGUAGGGGUGGGGGCUUCGGUGGCGAUAGGGAUCGUGGAUUCGGCAACGAUAGGGGUUUUGGCAGUGAUCGUGACAGGGGUUUUGGUGGGGAUCGUGACAGGGGUUUUGGUGGGGAUCGUGACAGGGGUUUUGGUGGGGAUCGUGACAGGGGUUUUGGUGGGGAUCGUGACAGGGGUUUUGGUGGGGAUCGUGACAGGGGUUUUGGCAGUGAUCGCGACAGGGGUUUUGGUGGGGAUCGCGACAGAGGCUUUGGCGGUGAUAGGGACCGCAGUUUUGGUGGUGACAGAGAUCAAGGCUUCGGUGGUGAUCGUGACUGGGGCGACAGAGGCAGUAGAUCACGAGGAUUUGAAAACUUUUCUGAACCUCGAGACAGGAGCUUUGGUGACCGGGAUCGUGGAUUCAGGGAUAGAGAUUACGGAGAGCGGGAUGGCAGGAGGCCUUAUGGGGGCGGGGGCUUCUCAAGAGGAGCCGAUCAAGAUGGUCCCCCAGAAAGCGGCCAUGAACAAGAAGGUCCACGGGAACGCAAGAAGCUUGUCUUAACCAAGAGAUCUGAUCAUCCAGGCGAAACACCGGCACCUUCAAGUAAGCCCUCCUCAUCGAUAUUUGGUGCGGCAAAACCUGUGGACACUGCAGCCCGCGAGCGGGCAAUUGAAGAGAGAAUAGAGCGAGAGAGACGACUGGAGGAACAAGAGAAGAUGAAAUCGGAGAAGGAUAAAGAGACCAUUGUCAGGAGGGAAAGACCAGAGCGCCCUCGACGAGAGAGUGAAGGAGAAGGCAGAACAAGACACAGCAGCUCCAGCUCAGGCAAAGGAGGACCCAGGCCAAUUAUCGCAAGAAGAGAGAGUGAGCGAUCAAAUGAGGAUGACUCGGCGUUCCACAAGGAAGAGCCACUGUCUCCAACCUCCCCAACCGCUCCUAAAUCACCCAAGACCCCAAUCUCACCAAGGGAGGAAGUCAGCCUGCAGAACGCCAUCCCAGCGCCCCCACCCAAGGAGAAUGCGUGGGCCAAACGCAGCGAGACUGUCACGUCGCCUCCACCCAGUUCAGUGUCAUCGCAGUCACAUACAUCACCACCUUCUAGAGAGGCUGACGGGAGUAGGCACCGAGGGGAAGGGAGGCAGGAGACUGGUGGAUCGGAGUCUGGGAGGCAGUACAGAGAAGCAGGCCCGCCUAAGGAGAAUGCUUGGAAACGAGAUGGGAAACCAGCCGCAGGGGGCCGGGGAGAACAAGGAGGUUACAGUAAGAAACCAGGUGAUCAUGGGGGCCCAGGAGCCGGUAGAGGUGACCCACAAGCACACCCUGCGAGGGACAACAGACGCAAGGAAGAACGACCGGUCAAAAAAACACCGGCAGAAAUGCCCAAAUAUGAGAAGCCUCCACCACCCGUAGAAUUGGAGUCAACCUAAUAAGUUCUCCAGCUUGAUGACAGAAGACGACCCCCAAGGCUCUGACUAACCUAGCUUGGGACUCGCCUCCAUGCUCCUCAUAUCAAGGCAGUGUAUCGAUAGACCCUUUAGUACAGGCUAGCCUCUAUGACCGCGCACUGCUCCCAUUUGAAUGGUAUUGUGAGCAAUUAAACAUAUCAAAUAUGCUUCAGAAAAGAUCUUUUUAGAGUAAAACCAUAAUUCUGAAUAAGAAAAGAACUGGGAGAAAUGAGAGAAAUGUGCUGCUGGUACAAGUCACUAAAACCUGAAGUAAAUGAAUUAUAAAAACUUAAUCACUUCAUAUACAUGUACAUGUAUUUUCCUAUUUAUUUCGUUCAAAUGAUAUCUGGAUUGAUAGUGUGGAAAUAAGGUGGGAUUUAUUUUUGAGUUUUCAUUUUGUCUUUUUUUUUUCUCUUCAAAUCAGUCCAUUAUGUUUUCAGUUAUUUCAACCGGGGGAAUUUUAAAUUUGGUAUGAGGUCUUACAAAAUGCUUAGUAUUCUUAACUGCUCUGUUCCAAUAAUGUUUGUUCUAAAAAAUUGCGAUGAAGUAUUUUGAGUGGUAAAACCUUGGAGAGAAAGCUGUUUGACAUCCUUGCAAAUAAGGUGCUUGAUUUUUUGUUGUCUGUGUGGUUGGUUUGUCCCCUAAUUACUACUUCAACUGAAGUUGUAAACUUUUGUUUCCUGAUCAAUAAGAAACAGUCUAUUUUCAAGUUGAUUCGUUUUUAUCAGCGGGGAACUUGGCAGCUGUUAUGUUUAACCGAUUUGUAAUUUGUAUGGUGUAUCUUAAAUAUCUGUUUAUCGCAGGAAUACAAAUUGCCAAAAUUUCAAAGAAGAAAACGCAACUAAAGGAAUUGUGCUGUUUGUAAUCAGUUUUUUGAAAAGUAACAUUUGAUGACAAUAAAAUUGAAUUACAUGUUUAACACAAAUUUAAAAAAAUGUUAGAAUUAUGAAAUUAAAUGUAUUUUUUGAGGAAAUCACGUAAUUUUUCUUUUCUUCAACAGAAAUUUGCUGCCAGAAACUGGUUUUUAUUUCUUAGUUUUCAGAGAAUUCUUAAAAGGAGUAAAUGACAAUAGACUCAUUGGCAUAGGACACAUCUUUAUUUUGUAAAGUAACAAACAUUCAAACUAAUGCCAAUUUCCAUUGCAUCGAUGUUAAUACGUGAACCACUUGUAAAUGUACAUUUGUAAUAAUUAAACAAUUAAAGAGGUGUACUUUUAUAUUAAAAGCGUAGAAAUGUUUGGCCCGUAAUGGUAGAUUAUGAUAAGCGUCUAGGGAAUUUUGCCACUUGAAACUGGUUUAUUCAGAGGCCAAAUACAUACAUGUAACGGGAAACAUAAAAUCGUCCACUGUGUAUCAAAUGACGUACAACGUUAGUGUGUAGUGUAGAAUCGACAGGAUUUUUUUCCAGCUCCAUUCUUAACUAGUAAUAAAUCUUAAUGGUGUUUAAA